AUGGUGGUAUUCAUUGACUACGACCGCGAUAUGCUCAACCAGCAUCAUCUACCCGCGCGUCCUGAUACCCUCCUCCAUGCCUGCCUAGAACCAAAGAAGCAGCAGCAGCCUGCGCUGUCCAAGCUCUCAGCCGGGAGCCCAAAGGGGUCGCCUCGUCCGGCGGACAAAGAGCCCUUGUCCAACCUCCUCCCGUCCCUCCCCAAAGAAGAACAGACUCCGAAUCGAAACGCCUUUUCGGCUGCUCUGAGCUGCUAUCCGAUCAUCAAGGAGAUCGCUCGCUCAAUUGACCUAAACACCCUGCACGCCCUUGCCCGAACAUGUCGCCAAUUCCACGCGAACAUGGCCCCAUAUCGCCCGCAGCUGGUCAAACAGACCCUGCGUUGCGAGAACGAGUACAUCGAGACACUGUCGGACAUGUUGGACAGCAAGGCUGCCAUUCCCCGCAACGUCAAGUCCGUGAUCCAGCUCCUGAGCGAGAACGCCAGAAGCUCCGGACGAAUGACCCGCGGUAAGGUUGGCAAAUGUGCCCGAGACAUGGUUGCAGAGUGUCACCGCUGCUCCAAAGUUGUGUGCCGGAACUGCACCAUCAAGCCCCCAAACAACAACAUGCUCAAAAACCGCAUCCGUCGUCUCUGCACCACCUGCCGCACAGCCCCUCUCAACGACCUCAUCCACCCACCCUGCGAAUCCUCCUCAUCAUCACCCACCACGCCACCCCUCUCUCCCUCCCAAACAACAAUCUCCGCCUUCCAACGCACCCCCUGCUCCUGCUCCGACGCCAUCUGGCUGUGUCACCAAUGCGGGCACCAAGUCCGCAGCAACGACACCACCUACCGACGGGUGUGGUCCUGGCGGACUCGAUACAGCACAUACCUGGGGGGUCUCGGCACGGGAAUCGGCGAAGGCUGCCAAGGCGUGAAAUGCGGCCGAGGGGAAGACUGUCUCGCGGCCCAAGAGAUCGAAAUGGAAGUAGAAUGCGAAGCCGACGAAGCAUCCGGUAGUCCUACCGACUACGAUCGUCACUACGGGCCCCCGCGCCACGCACCGAGUCCCCCACGACAAAACCACCCUCACACCCCCCUUGUCCAUCCCUCCGCCCCCCCUGACGUCUGGGAUCACCGCGAGGAAGACCAACCGGGCUACUUCCGCCAGGAGAUCAUCGGUAUCGGCGGGCGCGUCAAGCAUAAAUCCAAGAAACGGGUCACGGUCGGUGCGUGUGUCGUUGAGUAUGAGGAUGAGCGCGACUCCGGCGAUUAUCUCGUUCGAGAGGAGAAGGGGCUGCAUCGUAGCUGGUGGCAGAAUGUAGUGGCUGGUUUCAAGAGGAGGUAUAUUAUCUACCGUUAUCUCUCCUUUAUCCAGUAA